AUGGCUACUGCUUUAAUCUUGGUGACAAGGCCUUUCUCACUUUGCAAAUUGGCCAUCAUGAUUUCUCUCAAAAUCAUGUUAAUUGUGAUUCGCACUUGGGUGGAGCUGCUGGUAGCCACAAUCAAUUUUCAUCUAAAUAUGUUCCGGAAGACCAUGAUUUGCUUUAUUGGUCUUGUUCUUUUUCCUGUUCGAGUUUUGAAUGCCUUACCAAGGGAGAAGAUGCUGGAAGACCAUUUGCUUCAGAUGCAGAUUGAGUUGGAUAAUCUUAUUUGGGAAAAAAAGGAACUUCAUAGCCACCUCCAGAUAGCAGUUAAAGAACGUAGAAUUUUGGAAUCGAUGUUUGCAGAAGUUGAAGAGGAAAAUGACAAGACGAUUGCCAAAAUUGAAUUGCUAGAGGUUGAGGUAACAACUCUAUCCUCUGGCAAAUUCAUAGUUGCUGUUGCCAUAUUGAAGGAUAGACAACCUGGUAGAGUGCCAUUCUUUCCCGACCUUCCUAGUCAAUUUGAAAAUAGCAAUUUAGCAUUACUUACAAGUUUGGAAGUGGAACGAAUUGUCAAGAUCUCACUUGACAUGCCAAAAGUGCUUUGCCUACCUGUAUUCUGUACAAAUGAAAAAAUGUGUGGGUUCCAACAGUUACAGGAUCUGAAGGCUGAAAAUGCUCAGCUGAAGGAAAAUCUGGUUAAAGGUCGUUGGAGCUUUAAAGAUCAUGAUCACAGAGACAAUGGCCGUAAUAUCAUAGCUGACAACUAUAGCAUUUCCUCUGGUAUCCAGUCAUGGAAAUCUGACUAUAAAGGAACUGGAACCCUGAUCCAAGACCUGAUGAUGCAGAAAGAUGGAUGGGAGGGCAACAGCAAGAGCAAAGCAGAAUUUGUGUCCACAGAUAGUGUGCCUGUCCACCAAGUUACUGCGGGUAUUUUCUCAAGGAAUUUAGACACAAUUGAGGCUCUGGAACAUAGAAGGGAUGCUGCACUUUCUCAGUCUCUUUUCAGUGCUGUGCUUUCACUUUUGGUAGGAAUGAUCAUCUGGGAAGCUGAAGAUCCUUGCAUGCCGCUUGUGGUAGCUCUCUUCACUGUUGUUGGCAUGUCACUGAAAAGCGUGGUUCAAUUUUUCUCCACUGUAAAGAACAAACCUGCUUCUGAUGCAGUUGCUCUUUUAAGUAUCAACUGGUUCAUACUUGGCACACUCACUUACCCAACGCUGCCAAGGGUAGCCCAUAUGUUGGCACCAUGGGCCUUGAGUUUUUUGGACCGGACAGUGAGCUGGCUUGGCAUCUCUUCCCGUUAA